AUGCCGACUCUGUUGUUCACUGUCGCUCCGUCUGGAGUGGUGCACCUUCACGAUUUCCUCACCUGCCUGGCAAGAUUUGAUGAAGAUGUCUCGCUCGAGGCCACACCUCAAUUCCUGCGGUUCUCGAGUCUGAACAUAUCCAAAACUGCUCAUGCGGCAUUUACACUUGAUUCGUCCUUCUUCACCAAGUACCACUUCUCAUCGGGGCCGAGACCUGCAUCGGGCUCUGCUCCGCAGAAGCAAUGGUCAUGCAAAAUCCAGAAUCGGGCACUCCUGUCCAUCUUUAAACGUCGACUAGGUGAUCGAGACAGGGAAGGUGGGCUCGAAACAUGCGAUUGCGAGUUGCAGGCCAAUCCAGACCAAGCAGAAUGCCGAUUGGUCUUUCGACUAAACUGCCGUCAGGGCAUUGUCAAGACGUAUCGACUAUUCUACGAGCCUGGAGACAUCAUGCAUGCAGCUUUCGACAAGCUUGGGUCGACCAAUUACUGGACCGCCUCUUCACGGACUCUCAGGGACGUGGUGGAAUAUUUCGGGCCCAAGACUGAUCAACUGGAUUGGUACUUCCAGAAUGGAAAGGUGACCUUUACUAGCUAUACCGAGAAGAUCCAAGCUGGCAGAGAGAUUCUCAAGCAACCUAUGCACACUUCUGUUGCGGUGGAGCGAAAGGAUUUCAACGAUUUCAAUGUCCAGGAAGGCCUUCAUAUUGGCACGAUGGUCAAAGACUUCCGAUCGAUCAUAGCUCAUGCAGAGACUAUGCGGACUCCGGUCACAGCAAGAUACUCACGAGGUAACCGACCGAUGCAGAUCACUUACGGAGAAGGUGGCCUUGCAGCGGAAUUCACCCUGAUGACCAGAGGGUCAACAUAUGUCCCAAGCAGUGCUUCAGACGCAUCAACCACUACCACACCCGCACGAGAUCUCUCCAUGCGUCCGGCUUCACGCGACCCUGCGACUCCUGCUGCAACCUCAGGAAGUGCGCAUACGAACCCUCGGCCGGCAGGUGGCCCAAUGGCCCCUCCACCGCGGGCCUCGCUACGUGAUAGAGGGAGUGUCGCGCCGCCGCCGCUUGCCAAGUCUGACUCAGUAAACUCUGCCACUGGACCCCCUUCGGCAAGCAUCGACCCGAACAGUCUUUUUAUCCCUGCUGAUGAGGACGACCAACAAUGGGAUGAGCCCAAUUUUGAGCAAGAGCCAGACAUCGUGACAUGGGACAAUACUGCAGAUAACGCCAUUUCUGCGUCCAGCUCGACACGGCUCAUUCGAGAUUCAGAGAUGCAUUCCUUUGCCUCGGUGCAGGAGCAAGAACAGCAACCAGAGAGCAGGAGUCGCCUGGCCAGAUCGAGGUUUCCCACGGAAAUUGCUCCAACGCAGAGACUGUCGCAAUUCAAGGGUAUCUUCGACUGA